CAACACGAGUUUCUUUCUACCAACCAUCAUCAUCAGUUGUGAAACUACACACAAAAUGGGUUCCAACACAGUCCCUCUCUCAUCCGCAACACACCAACCCAUCUCCCCCGCAAUCCUCUACUGGGGCACCCCCGUUGUCAUAAUCAGCACCACCAACCCCGACGGAACUACCAACAUCGCACCCAUGUCUUCGGCCUGGUGGCUCGGAAACCGCUGCAUGCUUGGUCUCGCCGCCAAUAGCCAAACCACUGUCAACUUGCGUCGAACUAAGCAGUGCGUGCUCAACCUCGCUUCAGACGAUAUGGGAAGCUUCGUGAACGCCCUCGCGAGAACUACAGGCUGCGAGGGCCUCGAGACCGCGCCGGGGGAUGCGAGGUAUGCGUUUAAGCGUGCGAAUGGAUAUCAAUAUGUCCAUGAUAAGUUUGGGCAUUCGGGAUUGACGCCGACCGCCUCGGAAAUUGUAAAGCCAGCGAGGAUUGUGGAGUGUCCGGUGCAGAUGGAAGCGGAGCUAGUGAAGGUGCAUGAGAUGAUGGGCGAUACGGAGAAGAAGGGGAACCUGUUGGCAUUGGAGGUUAAGGUUGUGAGGACGUAUGUUCAUGAAAAGAUUCGGAUGGAGGGAUUUGAGAACAGAGUUGAUCCAGAUAAGUGGCGGCCAAUGAUUAUGAGUUUCCAGCAGUUGUAUGGGUUGGCGCCGAGUAAGAUUGCAGAGUCGGUGCUGGGAAGGAUUCCAGAGGAGGCAUAUAGGCCAUUCACAAAAAAGGUGGAAAGCAGCUCCUGAGAUGAUAAAUAGAAGGUUGAUUUUAUUGUACUAGAAAGAAGUUGUUAAUGGAAACAUAACAAUUAAUUUGUUUCUACUAG